UGUCUUGGCUACUAAGAUUCAGAGACUUAACAUAUAAAAAUGGGAGUACCAGCGUUUUUCCGAUGGCUAAGCAAGAAAUAUCCAUGUGUCAUUAUAGAAUGUAAUGAAAAUAAGAAAACAGAUGCGGAAACAGGCAAGACUAUUUAUGAAGAUCCAACUUUACCCAAUCCUAAUGGCGUAGAGUUCGAUAAUUUAUAUCUUGAUAUGAACGGAAUAAUACAUCCUUGCACGCAUCCUGAAGACAAACCAGCGCCUAAAAAUGAAGAAGAAAUGAUGGUGGCUAUAUUUGAAUGUAUUGAUAGACUUUUUGGUAUUGUUCGACCGAGAAAAUUAUUAUAUAUGGCCAUCGAUGGAGUAGCUCCUAGGGCAAAAAUGAAUCAACAGAGAUCCCGAAGAUUUCGCGCUGCAAAAGAAACAAUUGAAAAGAGGAUAGAAAUUGAACGCAUUCGAAAUGAACUGUUAACACGAGGCUGCAAACUUCCACCGGAAAAAGAAAAAGGCGAACACUUCGACUCAAAUUGCAUAACUCCAGGAACACCUUUUAUGGAUCGACUAAGUAAAUGCUUACAUUAUUAUAUACAUCAUCGCAUUAAUACCAAUCCAGCAUGGAAACGAAUACAAGUUAUUUUAUCUGACGCAAAUGUUCCUGGCGAAGGAGAGCACAAAAUCAUGGACUAUAUUCGGAAACAACGUGCACAACCUGAUCAUGAUCCUAACACCCAUCACGUUCUUUGUGGUGCUGAUGCAGAUCUUAUAAUGCUUGGGCUUGCAACACACGAACCAAACUUUACUAUAAUUCGCGAAGAAUUUCUUCCAAAUAAGCCACGACCUUGUGACGUUUGUAAUCAAUUUGGCCACGAAAUGGACAAAUGUGUUGGCCUUAGUGCAGUUGGCUCAAGUAACUGUAAUUUUACACCAGAUAUUCCCAUUGGAGCAGAAGUCAAAUUUAUAUUUGUUCGAUUAAGCGUGCUUAGAGAAUAUCUUAAAAAAACAUUGCAAAUGCCCAAUUUGCCGUUCAGCUAUGAUUUUGAAAGAGUUCUAGAUGACUGGGUAUUCAUGUGCUUUUUUGUCGGAAACGAUUUUCUACCUCAUUUACCUAGCUUAGAAAUUCGUGAAGGGGCAGUUGAUCGACUGGUUGAGCUGUACAAAAAAUGUGUUUAUAAGACAAAAGGAUAUUUGACAGAUUCAGGUGAAGUUAAUUUGGAUAGGGUGCAAUUAAUCAUGACAGACUUAGGAAAUGUUGAGGAUCAAAUAUUCAAGGACAGACAACGCAGAGAACAGCAGUUCAAGGCGAGGCAAAAGAGGGAAAAUAAUAACUUUAAAGCAUUAGAACAAUCUGUCUUUGGACCGUCGGCAGUUGGACCAGCCGCUAAAGCUCAAAUUAUAACAAACUAUAAACAGGAAGCAGCGUCCGUAAGAAUGGGGUCAAAGCGUUCCAGUACAGCAGCAAAUUUGGAUGAUGACGAAGAAGACCAUGAUGAAGUGCGACUGUGGGAAGAUGGUUUUAAGAACAGAUAUUACGAGUCCAAAUUUGACGUAUCACCCGAUAACCUUCAAUUUCGAUAUGCUGUUGCACUACAAUAUGUUAGAGGACUGUGCUGGGUUCUAAAAUAUUAUUAUCAAGGAUGUGCUUCUUGGAAUUGGUAUUUUCCUUACCAUUAUGCUCCAUUUGCUUCGGACUUUGUUAAUAUUCAAGGACUAUCAACUAUAUUCGAAAAAGGAACAAAACCGGUGAGACAUUCAGCUAAAGUUAAAAAAAUAUAAUUACGAUUUUAUACC